AUGCAAGAGGUAAUCGAGAAGUGCCUUGAUGGAGAAAUGCCGGAAGGAUCUCAGCGAUUGCAAUCAUUGUUAGACAUCGUGCUUCGUGAUCAGACGAAGCAACCUGACGAAUUAUGGAUAACGUCGCUUGAAGAACUGCCAGAGUUGAUUGUUCCCGCAUUGGUGUUCUUGGUAGAGAAAAAGAAGCGGGGAGAUUUGGUGGACAAGUUGAUCAGCUUCUGUCUAAAUGGUAUUAAACUCGAAGUCGUGAUGAAACACUCGAAACCGGCAUAUAUCGUACGCCACUUGAGGUCGAGCAUCAAGUUGGUGGCUGCAUUAUGCAUAUCUGAACCGAAGAUUGCAGAAAAGUUUAUUAAACACGGGGUGCAGAACACGUUGAUGAACAAUUUGGAGUACAACUACAUGAGUUUGCCAAUGCAGCUGCAUAUUCUGAAAGCACUUGAUGCAUCCUGCUUCUUCCCGGUCGGCUUCCUGUCAUUCCUCUACAAGCAUUUCCCGUCGUCUACCGACUCGACCUGUUACCAAAAGCUGGUGCUUAUGCUCACGCGCAAGCAGCCCAGCCGACUGGUGGUUGCUAUCAAGGCACUGCUUAAGAAGCUUCAAUUAUACCUAUUGGUUAAAAACGUAUUUCUGACUACGGAAAAAAUAUCGAACUUCGAGUGCGCAGCCAACGCUGGUUCGUCCUCUCGUCCGGACAUUUCGGCUGAACAGCCUGACAAAUGCGUAUCCGAGCUGUGCGACAUGAUUCUCGAAAUUGUCCUGCUCUACCGCAACGCUGCUGAAAUCUUGGUUCAGCCGAGGCGGUCGGUACCAGCAUCGGUAAUUUUCGACUUAUUGCCGAACCAAGAAGAUCCGUAUCCAUCAAUUUAUCAAAUGUUCCUUGCCGGGCAUUUACUCGACUCUUUGCUUGUUCUGCUGACAUCUCAGUGUGCCAAUAACCCGUGCCUGGCUUCUGUGAUUCAAGCGUUGUUUUUGGAGUUGCUGAGCCAAAACAGUGGCGUCAUUUUUUUGGCUUCCCAGCAGGAAACGACGAAGCAAAUUCUUAACGUCCUGCUGCAACAGUCGGAUGAAAACCGCGAGGAAGAACCUACUUGCUACUUGAGUUUGGGCGUAGACCUGGCAUACAAUCUGCAGGCUUUGCAACUGAUCGACGUUCUGAUGCAUUACCACAGCAGUGGUCUGGUACAGCUCGAGAUGGACAACCAAGCCGUGCUCAGCACCCUGCAUUCGUUAUACGUGCUGACCUUUGACCAGACCAAUGAGCACGAAGGCCGCAGGGCUGUUGUGCGUCUAUUAGGCUUCGAGAAGAACGCCGACAGCAUUUUGCCAUUCAUCGAACUCACUGGGGACUCGGAAUGGGACGAUAAAAUGAAGAAGUCGGCUUGUACCGGUUAUGCGACGGAACUGCUGCUUCUGUUGAUGCGCUAUUCAGAUUCUGUCCGCUUGCUGCGGACGUUCGGCGAGAAAUUGAUGCUGAUCAGCUCGCAGGAUGUCACUUCUAAAACAGCUGAGCUCAAGCAAUGGGUCGAAGUUUUGAAAAGGCUUCCAUGUUUCUGUGACACUGCGAUGGAAUACUUAUGUGACAAGUUGAAGGUGUACUUCCCGGAAGACAAGUUGGUUGGCGAAAUCCCCAAAAGUCUGAUCACCACGGUGAGGAUCAUGAAGUACUUGACCGUGCCACCGUCCAGUGACAUUGGAGUCGAUCAUGUUGUGCAGCUAAGAUACAUGUUUUCUGCAAUGCAAUUACACUCGUCCGAUUCGCUGACAAAACUAGUGAAGAUCGCCGAUGCCAUAGUCGACUCUCACUUGAUCAGCUGGCAGCAGGGCAUAAGUUUGAACAACAAUGAGGGCAGUCUAAUUUUCGCUUGUAUUCUACCAACCUUAUCGCUAAUCCGUGCUACGUUAUCAGUCGUGAUUCGCUGUCGCAGAACUGAAUUUGCUGAUACCACAGCCGUUAAAACCUUGCUCAAAGUGUUUACCACCUGUUGUACAAUGCUACCGCCGAAAGGUUUUCUGGCCGAGACCGCCGUUGUCCGGCAGGAAGUCAUCUCGACGUUGCUUUCAUUUACCCAGCCGUACCUGGGCGUCAAAGAUCUCAGUGAAAAAUCGUUUGAAGCGACAAACCGUAGUUUGUGGACUUCGAUGGUCGCCGAAUUACUGGACUUUACCUUGGAAUCGUGUCACAACUUUGUCGGUGGUUUGAAUGCAUUGGUUGAGCUGUUGCCGCUUCCACUUCCAGUACAAACCGUAGAGCCUCUGAGCAACGAAGACUUGAAAAUCAUCGUCUCCAAUCGAAGCUUGUGGUCAGCCCACCUGAUUCCGCUGUCCACUCAGUUGGCAAACGUGAUACAUGGAUUUGCGAAUGCCACGCACAGCCUACUGCAACAGAGUCUUCGGCGAGUUUGUCUUCAACUGAGCGAUCUUUCGGAACCAAUCGCCGAUGUAAUUGUUAGGUCGAUUCUAUCGUUGUUAUUGGAAAAUGCCGAAGCCAUUGAUAAUAAGGAUCUAGAAAUAAUGGAGGCGAACCGUGAACAGCAACCUAACCGUCUGAAGCUUCCAGCUCCGUCCGAGUUGGCCUACGUACUCAAUCUGAUAUCUUUUUUGUCAUCGCAUGGCCCUUUCAAAGUUGUGUUGUUGAAUCUGUUGCAGUCUAGCGGCGAAGGGCAUUCGUUUAAUCGCAUAUUGUCGUACUUUUUGAAAAUACUCAACUGCGUUUCCACUGAAGAGCCGCAUCAGCAUUGUCAAGAAUAUGUCGUCAGUAUCUUGCAGUCACUUUGCGACGUUGAAAUCGGAUUGGUUCCUGCUGAAAACCAGUUCAAGGUAAGCGAUGUCGUAAAGCAUCAUAAAGCGUUCUAUUUCCUGCUGUCGGGUUUGCUGCAGAGUCUUCCAACAAGUGAAUGCAAGGCGAGAGUCGAUGACAAACGAACAUCGUUCGAUACGGCAUUCCUGCGGGAGAUUUUCGACUGGAAAAGCCAGCCACACCAGUCGCUCCCUCAGCAUCCGUUAACGAAGCUGUCGAACAUGUUACAGGAGAAGGCGAAGGAGGACAUCACUCUUCACUCACUUCACGACAAAGUCGAAAAUAUCAUCGAACAUCUCAUGAGUGCAUCUGAUUACGUUUUGGCAGAAGGUUGUAAAAUGGAGGUCGAUGAACCGGAUAUCCCCUCUGCACUGGGCGUUGCAAAGCAAUUCAGUUUACGUAAAGUGUACGCAAUUUGUAAAGAGGUGCUCUGUGACUUGGAGAUGCUACGUCAAGAAUUCUUCCCGAAUUACAAUAUGAGGGAAGAACUUUUACAACAAAUUUCACUGAAACAACACGAAGCACCGUUGACGAUGAAGCGAAAGCUGAAGCCCGGCAUCAUCAACACAAGUCAGGGGUUGCCCCCCUACGCGGUCGCGGCUUUGUUCCCCGCGGUAUAUCGUCUUCAACGCGCCUCAAUGACCCUUUUCGCAACCGACCACCAAACACUAGCCGCCCACCAAGCAUGCAUGUCGACGACUUUAUACUCGCUGAGUCACAUGUGCAGGUCAACGCUGCUGUUUCUCGAUCCUCACCUCCUAAAGAUUGGUCGAACCGUAAAGCCGAAAGACUAUCGAAACUUAGGAAACGGUCACCCUUUUCACACGUUGGAAGAUACAGAAGUCGACCAGGUCGAAUUGGGCAUUCGGCUGACGGCCGAAGAAACUAUCGAAGGAACAUGGUAUCGGAUAGAAGAAUGGAUCGGCGGUUCUAUAGGAACAAGUAAUCCUAUUUGUUUGAAACAUAAGCCCAAGUAA